GGCCAGUUGGUCCCAAGGGCACAUAAAGCUGGGAGCUGGCUCAUGGGUGAGUGCAUUCGCUUGGAGCCCAGCUGGAAGCCGAGGAGUGGCAGGGUCAGGGGCUGGGUGCGCCAGGAGCAGGAUGCAGAACAGGACCAGCCUGCUUCUUGGGGCCUUUGUCCUCCUCACGGGUUUCCUGAUGAUCUGCCUGGGCGCCUUCUUCAUUUCCUCAGGCUCCAUUUUGAGCUGCUGGGGAAGCCAGAUCUUGGCGUAUUUGCUCCUGCCUCUGGGGUUCGCAAUCCUUCUGAGUGGAAUUUUCUGGAGUACCUACCGCCAGGCAAAUGGAAGCAAAGGGGUGUUCAGCCGUGUGCUCGGGGAGCACCUUGCUCAGGGGGCCCUGCCCCUGGCCACAGUGGACAGGCCAGAUUUUUACCCUCCAGCUUACGAAGAGAGCCCUGAUGCGGAGAAACCGAGCUGUCCCGCCCAGGGAGAGGCCUGGCACGACCCUCCGCCUCGGUACACAGAGACGAGCCUUGAGUUCCAGGACGAAAACGAUGCCCAGCCAGAAGCCCCGCCGGCCUACGAAGAGGGAGCAGGCCUGGCAGCUGCUGCAAUGCCCGAGGACGCCGCGGGGCCACGCAGGGAGCAGCGCCUGCAGCGAAGCCCUCCGGCACCCAGCGCACACACCCGCGGGAGUCCGCUGCUCAGAGGACAGGCGGCGCGCGCCAGCGGAGGAACCACCACGUCUGGGGACCGGCCUGGGGGCGCCGUGUGUCACAGCCACGCAGCCUGCGGCUGGCACCGAGCGGGCCUUCCGAGGAUUCCCGUUCUUUCCAACCCAGGCGAGCCUGGGGGCCCCGCGGGUGUGCUGAGAGCUCUGCCCACGGAGGCCAGCCCCUCGGCCCCACGCGGAGAAGCAGAGCGGCCAGCCGCAUAGCCGCGCGCCUCCUGCCGAGGGAAAGGACGCGGGCCGGGUGUGGCUGUGCAGCAGGGUAUGGGCGCUCGUGACCCUCGCCCAGCAUGCGAGCAAAGGGAAGCGGGAAGGCACGCGUGCACACCCUUGGAGCCCACGCGCACUGUUGCACACCAUUGUGUUAUCAAUUAAUUUUUUUUUCUAUAACCAGAAGUGAGUAUAGUACUCCUUCAAUAUGGUUAAAGCACAAAAUGGUAAACGAGCCGUUUCUUCUCAUGCAAACGGGCACAGUAAGAUUUCUUAUUAGAGAUUCACACUGAAUGACAGAAUCCAAAAUGCACAGCAUUCCAUGGGCAGGGGGCAGCUGUGCACUAGCUCCACGUGGUAUUAACAUGUAGGUAGGUGUAAGUCUUUGUAACUGAACGACUCCCCUGUCAUUCUACAGGCUUUGAGAGAGACUGUAAUGACAGGCCUUCCUUGUCAGCAGCAAACUCUGUGUCUCCAGACAGACUUCUUGCCUUUCAGACCUCAAGUAUUUGUUUUCGAAUGAGGGUUCCUCCUCUGUUUUGCCGCACGUUAUGGUGUUUUUCAGGUGGGGUGGCCGGGUGGCAGGAAGAGCCGAAACCUGGUGCUUCUGCACAUGGGUGGGGCUGCUUCCUCCUCUGCUGAGGUGUGGACGCAGGGCUGUGUCCACAGUCACUGGCACCUUUUAGGUGGCAGCUCUGGCUGUGAACUGCCCCAUGCAUGCUGUUUAGUCCCCGUCCCAUCUUUAGGAGAUGGGUGCUACGAGUACUCCUGUUUUCGAUGCACAAAACAGACUUUGUUCAAGGGCACCUGGUGACUUCCAGGAGGUUGAAGAAGGGUCCACAGGAGGACAUGUGGGGACCUUCGUACUUGGAGCUGUUGGGCCAGGCUUGCCCUGCCCACCGCCACCCCUCCUAGGAAGCCCCUUCAGCAAAGAGCCACGCACACAGUGGAGCCCUGGGGUGCUGUGAUAGCUCAGAGCCCUGAGAGAGGCAGUGAGGCUGCUUUGGGGUUAAUUCACUUCUCUUGUAAAAUGUGAAGAACCCUGCUAUGUUUUCUGUGUAGGGACUGAGCCCUCACUUCCCCGGGUACUCUCCCUCAACCUGGUCAUCACACUGAGUGAUUCUAGUGAGUGACAGCCAUAGAACCUGGACACAGGACUGACAGUGGACAGCUGGCAGGAAGAAUGCAGAUCUUUCCAAUAGGGUAAGGGGUGUCGAGACAGGAUGGACGUCCCUGUGGCCUUGUCUUCCCCAGCACUGCUGACAGCACAGGUUAACCCCAUCCUCACCCAUAUACAAAAGGCCACAUGGUCCACAAAGCCUGAAUUUGGGAAUCUGUGCUUUGAACCCCUGGCAUCGAGGGUGUAACUAGAUAGGAGUCACUCAAGGUUACCCCACAGGAAGGUAACUGCUUAUUAGCGAUGCAAUAUAUUGUUCCUCUCUUGACAUCUCUUUCUGUCCCUUCACUUAGGAAUUUUCCCUGGGGAUCUAAGUGCACUCACUGACAUAGACAAGCAAACUGAUUGGGCUUCCAUCCAGUUUGCAUUUGUAAUAGCUCCUCCAACUACUGUAGUCAGGUGAAGAAAUGUUAAUUUUGGUUUACCUAAGAAAAUGUUUUAAUCUCUUUAUUGCAAUAAAUUUUGUAUUUAAAUUUG